AUGGCCAGGCAGAGGCGCCCGGCGGCGGUGGCUCGAUUUCUGAACAUGAUUUCGCUGGAUGAACGCCACGCGGCGACGAACGCGCUGCUGCUGCUGGGACUGCGGGCAUACAAGCAGGCCGUCGCGGCGGCACCCGCCGAGCUCCCGACGCUGCGCUCCGUGGUGGACACGUUGUUCGGGGGCGAGGACGGCAAUGCGGCCAGGUGUGAGCCGGAGGAACCGCAAGCGAAUAAUGACGCAGAACUGAAAGACGCAUGUGUCACGGGUAAGUCGCCCCCGCUAGAUCGUGCUAAGAUGGUGCUUCCUGUGUAUCCCACGCCGGGUGGAGUUACGGCACGGCUGGCGUCGGCGUCGGCUGAAGAAAAAGCCACGAAGUCCGACGCUGAGGAACGCGCACUGGAAUCAAGCAACGGUGUUACUGCCUCCUCCAGACCGCUGCCCAAGGAAGAAAUGCCACCGGCUAGAGCGGAAGAACUGUGUCCGAUGGAUAUUCACGGAAGAUGCAAUACAUGGCAUCCGCACUCGGCGACGUUAAGUGGCGGCGGUUCUAGUUGUAGUUGCAGCAGCAGUAGCUUUGGGGGUGCAAGCACGGGAAAUAAAAAAAGAUUAUGGCAGUAUCCCGCUUUGUGCUUUAUAUUGAACGAGAAUGUGGAAAGCACAAUGAGGCCCUGGUUUAAGGGAAAUAGUGCAGGAACAAUGGGAAGUUCGGCACUUGGGGCCACCAUUGCGUUCGCGGAGAAUGACAAGCCAACCAAUCACGCUUCCCUGCACCAGAGUGUUGGCGAGAGUGAUAGAGACGAACAGAGUAGCGCGGCGGAACCAAUGGUUAAUGUCUCCGUCAAUAGCACCGUCGUCCCGUCUUCGUAUUGCGGUGAUCACUACUACCCUCCCGGGUUUCUCCAGCAGCUCAUCCGACACAUUGAGGACACCCGUGGGGUAAGGGAGAAUCUCCUUGUUGUUGCGUCCUCCAUUCCACAGUCUAUGGCUCUCUUCACGCUCCACGCCAGUUUUGGCAAUCUCUAUAUAAGCUUACUGGUCUCCUACCAUCUUUCAUUCAGGGAUGACAAGAGCAGAUUGCAAGGCCACGCACAAUAG